AUGAAAAAAACGAAAAAUACGAAGAGCAUGAAAAGUACGAUAGGACAUCAUGACGAUAAACUCAGAAAGCUCCAAGAAGAAUAUGAUAAACUAGAAGAGACAAGGGACCAGGGAAUGUUUACCGAAGAAGACGAAGCAAAGUUGAAAGAGAUAAAGACAGAGAUGGGGAAGUAUGCUAGUGCCACGGCCCAAAUUAGCAUCAACCAUACUACUGGAGCUGGAUCUGGAUCUACUGAACCAAUGGAUGGUGAACCAAUUGAAACUGAUACAGAGUCAGGUAACACUGAUCAUAUGACUCAUGGGAAGGUAAUUGCCAACGAGCCAAUUGCCACGCAGCCAGAUGCAGCAAUUCACGCGCUAGAACCUGAGAAGAGAUAUGCAAGUCAUCAAGAAAGUUCAUCAGGACAUAGUAAAAUGAAACAAGAGCUUGCAGAAGAGUCAAAAACAUUUACUCAGGAACUUGUGGAUAAUCUCAAUAUGACAUGGAACAUCGAUGUCAAUGAUUCUCACGGGGAGUCUUCACUGCAGCAUCUCCCCAAAGGAGUGUUUGGCCACAUUCAGAGAAGCUCUCGGACUCGAUACUGUGUUAGAUUUGGAUCUAAGGAGGGUUUAAGCGCUCGUUUUGAAUCAAUUCUUCCGAAUGGGUCCGACUAUAAGGAAGAACGAGAUGUCACCCAAGGUAGCAAUCGCAUUGUUGAGAAGAUUGUGCAACAUCAUAGAGAUGAAAAAACAGCACUUCCUAUGAACAUACUUAGCCAAGUAAGGAUUUUGUUAGUGUACUGGGACUCCAAAAUGGGCGUUGGACAUGACGCCGAGGUAGAGGUACUAGCUCCCGACUUCAAAGGAAAACGACCACAUACCCGCUGCUUUGUUUAUCUAAAUCCCGAUCUCUAUGAACAUUAUAAUCUUAAAAAUACAUCAGGUUUCAGUCACGAAACUAGGUCAACAAUGAAACUUCUGAUGGAGGGAAUCGAUGACCGGCAAAAAUCAAUUGCUAUUUAUAACAUUGCUGUCAAAAUUGAAAAUCAAUUUGAGAAAAGAUGGAUGAGCAACAUUCCAGGCAGACCUGAUCCACUCCGUAAGCUGAAACACGAGACGAAAGCGGUGUCCCGCCGGACCAAGUCGCUGCUUGCUACCACUGAACACUCAGUAACUCCGACGCUUAUGGAACUUCCGGUUCCACAACGUCAGUUUACACCUCUACCGAAGACAGAACUAGAGAAGACCUCUGUUGAGAAAACGCCAGGAAUGUCGCUAAAGCAACAGUUUCACAAAGACUUCUUGGAACUUUUUGAACUGCCGGAAGAUGUCACGUAUGCAGACUUGACUGAAGAACAGCAACUUCUUUACCCUGCGCAAUUCACAAAGUGGAAGAGGGUAAACAGUUAG